AUGGCUAAUCGCAAGAGAAUGCUGGAAAGGUUUCCAAUUGGGGAAUGUUCUCGUCAAGUGAAGAGCAAGCGAGAGAUUCUUGUGCAAUCAAAUCAGUCUAUUCAAAGUAUUCAAAGUGAAAUUGAUAAUGUCGGUCAUACCUAUGAAAAGCUGAAAGACGACAAGGCUAUACUGGAAAGCAAAGUUAGUGAGUUGAAAAGAAAGGUAAUUUAUAAAAUAUGGCUUUAAAAUUAGGAGUUCAUGUUGAUUAAUUAAUGCAUUGGUAUUUUUGUGUGCUUUGCUCAUGAAUACUUGAAAUAUAGAAUUUCAGGAUAUUAUUUUAAGUAACUCUGACUCUAGGAUGAGAACUCGGAACUGCAUAUAGCCGUGCACAGUGUGGUUAGUGAACAGGAUGCAGAGGGUCAAGUAUUAAUUAACGAGCAAAAUUACCUGGUGUUAAACUGGGUAAAAUUAAUAGGUAAGAAGCACUGGGGCACAUUGCGUCUUAAUGGGUUAAAUAUGAAGCGAUUUUGUCUCCCGCUUACCAGAGCACAUGUAUAAUUUUAUUUCAAUUUGCAGCGAGGUUUGCUUGAGAAUGAGAAAGUACACAUGCCAAAAGGACGGAGUCCAGAUGCAAUCCCAACCAAACUAGAUGAGAACAACAGCGAUAAAGUAAUUGGCAUCUCCCAUAAUCUUGCACGCAAGCGAAGGAAACUGACAUACGCUGCAGUGCAAAAUAUCCAUGCAACUGCAAAGGAUACUAAUGAAGAAGCAAAAACAGCUACUAAAUGUGGACUAUGGCACACUCUAGUUACAAAUGUUCCUAGCAAAGACAUUACUGAAUUGUGUAAAAAGUCUAGCACAUUUGGUAGGAAUGUAAUACCAACAAUAGUUAAGUCGGCAGUUACGAGCUUCGAAAAGUCUCCAAAAAAUUUAAUCAGAUCUGUGAGUGUACUUUACAGAGGCGGGAUGUUGAGUAAAAGAAAAUAUUCUGCUGUGCGCUCGUCUGAAAUAUUUGAUUACGAUGUUGUUCAAAAAAAGCGCAGGCGUACAGAGUUUGAUGAAGGUUGUAAAGUACCUGCACUAGUGCCAUACAAAGAUUUGAUGAAAUUUGUUGGAGAGCAAAAUAUUGGUAAGCUUAAUAACAUACCCGUGCCUUAGGUGAGAGGGAAAUUGAAAAAGAAAGUGAAUAAAUUAGCAAUAACUUUCUACCAUUAAUUCCCGGGUAUUACAUUGCCUUAGAAGAGCGCUUGUUGCGACUGGCUGAUUUAUAUCUUUAUAUUGAAAGCCAAGUGCCUGGUUCUAUUAAUUGGUUAGGUCGGGAAAAGGGCCAUUUUCUGGUUGCCUUGGGAGCAGAUGGUGCUCCAUUCGGCAUAUCAAAUGAAGCUUGUUCAUUGCUUGUCUCUUUCUUGAAUGUUGUUGAAAAAGUAGCAAGCCCUGAUCACAAUUUUCUUAUUUGUGGUGCUAAUUGCAAAGAAGACCACCCAUCAAUGGUGGAAUAUGCAAAGCAUUUAAGAUCUGAAGUCACAAGUAUAGAAAGUAAAACCUUCAGUGUAAGAUCUCAGGAAGUAAAGUUUGAGAUCAAACUAAUACCAGCUGAUAUGAAAUGGCUUAGCACAUUUUCAGGUGAACUAAACAAUGCGGCCACUUACCCAUGUCCUUUUGCUAAUGUGAAAAAAGAUGAGCUUAAGUUAAGGGGUCACAGUUUGGGAAAUGGACCAGAGCACAAAUGGCAACCUUGGUCAUACAAAUCUAGAGAAGUUAUUGCAAAAAAGGUUGCACAAUAUAAAAAGGUUAAAAAAAUACCUGUGAAAAAUGCUUCUCAAAGUCAGCGUGAAAAGGUUUGCAAGAAAAUUGCUGAAUUGAAGUCGAGGCAAGAGUUUGAGCCUCUUCUUGGUCCUAUGAUCCAACUUGCCAAAUGUGAUCCCUUGCACUUGGGAAACAACUGCUGGGGGCACUGGCACAUGCUUCUUUUUAACCAUGUCAUGACCAAGGCUAAAAUUGGCAACUCCAUAAAAUCUGUGUACCAAUUGCCUGAAACCAACCCUUUGCGUAAACAUUUAAAAGUGCUUAGGUUUAAAAUGAAGUGCAAGAGGUUGUACAAUAAAAUAAUACGGUGGUUUAAAGAGAAGCGUGGCAUGUCUAAUUUUGAGUGUAGAUUCACUGGAGAGGAGACGAAAAAGUUUUGCGAUGGUUUCACAUAUCUCAUCUUAGCAAACAUUGAUGAAGAUAUUGAGAAACCCAGCAAUGUUUUUCCUCUAUCUCUUUACAAGAUGGGUAUUCACCUUAGGAACAGCAUAUCCCUUGCUAGUAGAGUUUCUGAUAUUUGCAGUACUGACUUGGCAAAACUUGAAUGUGAGUGCAAGCAGUACUUCAAUUUAUCAUCUCUUUUUCACUCUGUAAAUCUCAGUGUGUGGUCAAUGGGACAUGCUGUCCCAUUUCAUACCAAACAACUUGUUGAAGACUUGGGAGUGGGUCUCGGAAUAAACUCUAUGCAAGGACGAGAGUCGAAGCAUCAACAAAUUGCUUCCUUUGCAGAAUUUGCCUUAGUUAAGAACAGAUGGGAAAAGGUCUUUAGACAUGAGUAUAUGUCCUUGAUUUGGUUAAGGAAGCAAACUCCACAUCUGGAUAGUUACAGGAAGUGUAAGGAUAAGUACUCUCCAGACCGAUGCUUCAACUCUGGUUAUUGCUUGUGUGGCAUUGCACUUAGUGAUAAUGGUGAAUGUAAAUAUUGUGGGUCAGACCUAUCAAAUGAAAUAAGUACUUGUGCCAUCACUGGAAGCAUAACAGAAAGAAUGAAGAAAAUACUGAGGCAUGCUGAACGUGGGAUGCAAUUUCUGAAAAGCUAG